AGCCGGUAGCAGGUGAAGAAGAAAAGCAAAUUUAUAUUAUAGAGCCAUUUUUCCUUUGGCAAAGCCUCGCCUUUUCCUUUACCGCUUCCCGGCGCUGCACAUCACAUCACUCCGAUCACCUCUCUCUCUCUCUCUCUCUCUCAUACACACACAGCUAAAAAGGAAAAGUUGCCUCCAAUUCUAUUGUGUUCUUAAUUCUGAGAGGAAUCUUUGGUAGCUUAAUAUAUACGAGGGUGGCAGGCAGACAUCGAAGAGGUCUGAGCACGAAGAAUUCGUACAUCUAUAUAUGUAGCCGUCUUGGUUUGUUUCCGCUCUGAUACUGAACCCCAAACCCAAUUAUUCAAUACUAACAAGUAACAACAGCUCCUUCAGCUUUCGGACAACGCCUUAUUACCGACUGUAUCAACCCGUAAUUUUCUUUGGAGGCGGGGGUGGGGUGUGUGGACUCUCUUCGUAUCGUAUCGUUAUCGCAGAGGAAGGAAAAUGCUGACGUGCAUAGCUCGGCCGAAGAAACUCGGAGAUGACUCGCCGGAUCAGACCGAAGAAUCCGACCCAUCCGACACCUCCGGCGUCAAGACCCAAACUAUCAAAUCUCUCACUUCUCAGAUCAAGGACAUGGCGUUGAAGGCUUCGGGGGCGUAUCGGAGCUGCAACCCGUGCACGGCGCCGCCGACGAUAACGACUCAGAGUCGACUCAGGGGAAAUGGAGAGUCGGAUGCGGAGUCGGAGCGGUUCAGGUGGUCGAGGUCGAGGUCGAGGACGGGGAGUGUGGGGAAGGAGAUGGAGGCGAGGCUGAAAGGGAUGUCGAGCUCGAGCGGCGAAGGGACUCCGAACUCCGGGAGCGGGCGCCGAGUGGAACCGGUGGUGUUCGUGGAGGAGAUCGAGCCAAAGGAGUGGGUCGCCCAGGUGGAGCCCGGCGUGCUCAUCACCUUCGUCUCGCUCCCCCGUGGCGGGAACGAUCUCAAGCGUAUACGAUUCAGUCGAGAGAUGUUCAACAAAUGGCAAGCUCAAAGGUGGUGGGCAGAGAACUAUGACCGGGUUAUGGAACUGUACAAUGUUCAGAGAUUCAACCGACAUGCUUUCCCGCUUCCAACUCCACCAAGAUCUGAAGAUGAGAGCUCAAAGAUGGAAUCUGCAGAAGGCAGCCCCAUAACACCCCCAUUGACCAGAGAACGGUUACCUCGUAACUUGUACCGUCCAACAGGGAUGGGAAUGGGUUACUCAUCCUCAGAUUCACUUGAAAAACACUCGAUGCAAUCUCGACAUUACUAUGAUUCAGGUGGUCUUGGAUCAACCCCAAAACUAUCCAGCAUCAGCGGUGCCAAGACAGAGAUAUCAUCUAUGGAUGCUUCUAUAAGGAGUAGUUCAUCGAGGGAUGCAGAUCGCUCAGGGGAGCUGUCAAUCAGUAAUGCUAGUGAUCUUGAGGCUGAAUGGGUUGAACAAGAUGAACCAGGGGUCUACAUCACAAUUAAAGCAUUACCGGGAGGCAAAAGGGAGCUCAGACGAGUGAGAUUCAGCCGCGAAAAAUUUGGGGAGAUGCAUGCUAGAUUAUGGUGGGAAGAGAACCGUGCCAGGAUACAUGAACAAUACUUGUGAAUGAGCAAAAGGGUUGAUGCAAGCGAUUUCCAUGGUGUGGAGGUGUUCCUUACUACCAGAGUGUUUUCUUUUGUUUAUUUUUCCACACUAGUAAAGUCUCAUCUAUAGCUAAUUGGGUAUGCAAAUAGGUGCUACCAGCACCUCUCGAUGUUUUUUCUUUCGGGCCGCCCCGGGGAGGGAGUGGGGGGGCACACAACAAUUUGCUGCAGAAUAUUCUCAAGGGGAACCCUGAUCAAGUCAAUGUCAGUGAAAAUCAAUAUGUUCAUUCUUCUCUUUUGAGUACAUUUUGCUGAUCCAGCUUCUUUUCAUGAUACACAAUGUCUAAGCAUCUUAAAAGUUUUGUCCAAUUCUAUCUGUGAAACUCAAAUCAUGUACAUCAUUUUCACCUAUCAGUUUCCCCAGUGUGAAUGGGUGAAUAUGUUACCUAAAUGGCACAGAUGUAGUAGGGCUGAGAAUCAAUUGGGGCAUGCAUGCGGUGCACCGUUGAAGCUCAUUGGGAGAGAAAGACUAGCUGGGAAGUAGAGACUUUCUAAGAUUUCUUUCAUCUCCCAAAUGAAAUCUUCCGAGAUGCUUUUUCUGCCAAA